AUUGUUUAUUUUUUAAGAUUUGACAAAUGCGUUUCAGAAAUUGGUUAUUACGCCUAGUGUAAAAUCGGAAGAUUUUAAAAAUUCUCUGCUGAAAGCUAUGCAAGAAAACGGUUUGGAAGCUGAAUUAAAAAAUACCAUAUACAGAUUCGUGAAAUCCAAAAAACGAGAAAACAACACGUACGAUGCAUUUUUCAGAAAAUGUCAAAUUCAUUGGGAUAAAAGAAUUCACAAGUCAUUAAAUUCUAUGUGUAAUGAGCUAGGAAUAAGUCUGGCAAAACCGCGAACAACAAACGACAAAGAAGAGAUUUUGAGUAAAUGGACGGAAUUGAGUAACUACGAAAAAUGCAACUUAUAUUUAACACAUCCUUUAUUAUUGGACAGUUUAUCGACAAUCAAUUUCUAUCCAGAAUCAGUUAAAGAAGCUUUAGGUACUUUAAAGACUAGGGGAAGUACCGGUUGGCAGUUCAGUCAAAUACCCCUCAAAGUAAAAAAUUUGGGUGAUUUGAGAAGUUUUUAUUCGGAGCUUUCACGAGGGGAACAAAUAUUAACAGCUACUAAUUCACUAGUAAUGACACAUAGUUUUGCACAAUUCGAAGAAGAAAGAAUAAACUUAGGAGAAAAAGUGUUACUUAAAAAUUAUGCCCCCAUAGCGCAAGAGUUCUUAAAAAAGGGAUGUCCGAGAUGCUUACGGGCCAGAAUAUGGAGUUUACUGUUAGGAUCCGAGGUUAAGGAAUAUGAAUACGCGUAUUUUCAAUCCCUAAAAGAGCACGUACUACAAUAUGAUUUGAUGAUCGAUAAACUCAUCAUUAAGGAUAUCACUUUGACAGCCUCUAACGAUGAUCAAUAUUUUGUAUUUGAAGAUGUACUCUAUCAGGUAAUGCUAUGUUUUUCAAGAGAUUCAGAAAUUUUAAAGAACCUUCCUACACAACCCGCCUUUAUGCAGGUAGUCAUAAAGGGAAAAACAGGCACACCGGAAAGCACUAAUACUACUAUAGUUUUUCCUCCAAGUGGAGUUAUUCCUUUUCAUGGAUUUUCCAUGUAUGCUGCCCCAUUUUGUUACAUUUACGACGAUCCCGUCCAUUUGUACUUCUCGUUUAGAGCAUUCUACCUGAGAUAUUGGCAUAGGUUGCACAGAGUUUGUGGAAAUUCUCAAGGUGUAGUGGCUCUUUGUCUGCUAUUCGAGAAGCUGCUUCAAUGUUUCGAUCCACUGUUGUGGAAUCAUUUCAGGAAAUACCACGUUCCUCCCUUAAGACUCGUAAUAAAAUGGAUAAUGCGUGCUUUCAGCGGUCAUCUGCCUCCAGAACAGUUACUCUCCUUAUGGGAUCUAGUGUUGGCAUACGACUCUUUGGAAAUCAUCUCGUUAUUGGCUGUAGUCAUACUUAUUUUUAGAAGAGAUAAUCUACUUAAAGUUACUACAUUACAAAAUAUAGAGGCAGUUCUAGCUGAUCUCUCUAGUAUAGCUGUUAUACCUUUACUACAAAUGGCACUAAUGAAAGACCUAUGAUCUAGAAUAGUUUAAAAACGAUACUCUACUUCUGAGAAAAGCUAAUACAAUUACAAAAUCAACAAGUUUACAGUAUGGGUAUUUCAGAAUAGACGGUUCUUGAAUUUUGCAUCAGUAAUGACAUAUUUUAUUAUUAUUAAGGAAAUUUCUACAAAGUUUCCUCAUUUCAAGCUUCUAUUUUUUCGAUUAAAGCACAUUUUUAUUUAAUAGCUUUUACCAUUUCGUGAAUAUCUCUCUUACUGAAUUUAUUAUUAUCUAUUUCCUUGAUUAUCCCCUCUUUGGUCUAAUUUUCUUUUUGGCCGCAUGUUCUUCUGAUUGCAUCGUUUUCAUUGUUAAAAUUUAUUUUCUAAUUUAAGUCCCACUAACGCUACUUAUAACUGCAAUGUGUCUAAUUCUAAGGACCUUUUUAAAAGUAGAAAUAUUGUAUAAUGUUGCCUACUUAUCUGAUACUUGUUUUUCCUUUAAACAUCUGCUACACAAUCUACUAAGCAUUUCUGAUAUUUUUGAAAGUCCAUAUUUUACUUAUUUAGAUUAUAUUCUCGAUAUUAUAUGCUUUCGAUACUAUUCUGAUUUUCGUAGCUAUAAGGGAUUUGAAUAUUUUUUGUCUACCUAUCUAAAUAUACUUCAGAUUCUUCUUGUAAACAUGAAUCCACUAAUUUACGCUGCUUCGUGUGGUCUUGUAAAAGUUCAUUAAAAUGAAGCAUGUAUUAAAUUUAGUUGCAGUUUAAAACGGUAAAAAUUAUAAUUUUAUUAAAUCAGAUCAUAGGUCUGUACUAAAGUGCGUCCUAUCGAAAGAUUGUUUGAGAAAUAAAUGUUUUAGAAAGCUU